AUGAAUGUUUUAGCCAUGAGUUUACAUCGGCAAAUGGGAUCUGAUAGAGACUUGCAAUCUUCUGCCUCCUCUGUAAGCUUGCCUUCAAUUAAAAAGGCACCAAAGAAAAGAAGGAUUUCACUGGGGUCUCUCUUUCGAAGAAAAAGGGAUACAAAACGCAAGUCCAGAGAUAUAAACGGAGGUGUGGAUGGCAUUGCAAGUAUUGAAAGCAUACAUUCGGAAAUGUGUAUGGACAAGAACUCUAUUUUCUCUGCCUAUAUGUCUUCUGACAAUGGAACAACCAUCAUCAGCAAACAGAGCGGAGACUUCAUGGAGUGUCCCUUGUGCCUUUUGCGACACUCCAAGGAGAGGUUUCCGGAAAUAAUGACUUGUCACCAUAGAUCUUGUGUGGAUUGCUUACGUCAGUAUCUCCGGAUAGAAAUCUCUGAGAGCAGAGUUAAUAUCAGCUGUCCAGAGUGCUCUGAGCGAUUCAAUCCCCAUGAUAUUCGAUUGAUAUUAAAUGAUGACAUAUUGAUGGAAAAAUAUGAAGAAUUUAUGCUUAGAAGAUGGCUUGUGGCAGACCCUGAUUGUAGGUGGUGUCCUGCUCCUGAUUGUGGGUAAGUUGUUAUCUCCACCCUCCUUCCUACCCAUUCUAAUGAAGCGCAUGGAUCUUGUCGUCAUCCUGAAAUAUAUUAUUCAGCUCAUUAAAUUGCUCUAAUUGUCUACUAAUUUGUAACUAUUUUAACAUUUGAAGUUUUGUGCCUCGCUCAUAUUGCUCAGGUUGUGCUAAGUAGUCCUUAUUGUUUCAUGGCAUAGAUGAAACAAAGUAAAAGAACAGACAGGCAGAUUUAUUCUGGAAAACGCUGUUAUUUCACACUGUAGAGUGUUUAAAGGAGUGACUUUAGUUCUUUAAAAUAAAAUAGAAAUAUUUUAAUACACUUUGAAAAGAAACCUAGCAGUUUCUUGAGUGUAAAUGGUGAAAGUUUUUAUAAAAUAAAGAAGUUAACUUUGUAGUUACACAUCCUGGCAUUGGCAGUUUUAAUGCCAGAAACCCCAAAUAUUGGCUGCCAGUAGAAAUUCAGUAUAAGAGAGCAUAAACCCGUUUGUUGUUGCUGCUGCUUGAUGCCAGCAUACUUUUUCCUAAGCAGCAAAUGUUUUAAUAUUCAAGGAAACACAUUUGAUUGUCAUCAUUAAGCCAGAACAAGUGUACCCUUUGUCAUAUUCUUCCCUUUCCAAGCCCACUACUUGGGAGGAGCAAGAGGGUACUUUUCAUUCUAAUCACUGUUUUGCUUGGUAAAGCUCCUCUCACCACUCUCCCCGCCUUCGGUUGCCUUGUUCGGUUCCCAGCUCUGGGUUCUCAAAACUUCAAGCAAUCUCCUAACUGCUGUUAUUCUGCUGCUACCAUGUAAACACCUAUCACUGACUUAUUUUGUCAUAGCUGUGAUAGCUUGGCCAAAUAUGAAAUAUGAUUGGAACAAACAAAAUUUCAUUAGUAUAGUAAAAGCUGAAUAUAACAGGUUUUUAUGGGAUUUGCUUUAAUAACGGUGUUCAUUUAUUUUAUAUUUUAACAUGUGCUUAUACCUCUAUUCCUAACUGUAUGCUAUCCAACCUACUCUACCCCUUACUCCUCAGCACCCACACCAACUACUCUCACUUCCUCCAAAACCCAACUGUCACUCCCCAGACACAUACCUAUUCUGUCAUAAGCUACCCAACAUUCCAUCCCUCUUUCACUCCCCCCUGAACUUGCCUUAUCUUAAAUCAUACAAACCUUCCUACACAAAAUUUACACAACAGUAUGUCAACCAACACAAAUUAGAUACAAUAACAAAUACCACAACCUCCUCUGAUGAUUUUUAGAUGAUUUUAAUCCUUAGCAAAACAAUAACUUCAGCUUAAAGGUAAACGUAAAGGGACCCCUGACUGUUAAGUCCAGUCGCGGACAACUCUGGGGUUGCGGCGCUCAUCUCGCUUACUAGCCAAGGGAGCCCGUGUUUGUCCACAGACAACUUCCUGGUCGUGUGGCCAGCAUGACUAAGCCGCUUCAGGCAAACCAAAGCAGCACACAGAAACGCCGUUUACCUUCCCACCGGAGCGGUACCUAUUUAUUUACUUGCACUUUGACAUGCUUUUGAAGUGCUAGGUUGGCAGGAGCAGGGACUGAACAACAGGAGCUCACCCCGUCGCAGGGAUUCGAACUGCCAACCAUCUGAUCGGCGAGCCCUAGGCUCUGUGGUUUAGACCAAUUUAUGCAUUUGUGUUUAUCGUAUAAAUGGCAUUAGUAUCCAUGAAGUCAUUAAGCCAAGCACUUUUUACAUUAAAAGUAUAUACUUAUUCUGUGACCUGAAGUGCUGCAUUAUCAUGUUAGCAUGCAGAUUGUGUGUAGCUAGGAACAGGUGGCUGGUGAGAAAAAGUAUAGUGAUGUUGUAAAUAAAAUAGCAUGGAAAAUGAGCUGGUAGUAGGGAAGUAAUUGGUUUUCCAUGGAGAAUAACAGAUGAGUAUGUUUUUUCACUUCUGCAUAUGUUGGAUAGUAAUUACUAAAUAUCUAUUGAUUGACUGAAUAACUAAUUUUUUUUUCAGUUCUUCAGUAGUUCAAAUGACAGUAAUUGCAUGUUCUCCAGUAUUGGCUUUGAAUCAAAUUUGAAUUGUGGCCCUAUUUAGAAAGAAACAUUGCAGAAGCAUGGUUUGCUUUUCUUGCUUAGCAUCUUGUUCUUAUCAGUCCAAUCCUAGACCAAAAGUAUGGAGCAUAAAAUUCUUUUAAUUUGAAAUGUUGCGAGUUUUCUGGACAACGUUGUAGCUAUUUUGAAUGUCCUCCUCUGCCCCACUACAGCAUUUAUGAACUUGGAAACGUAUAGAUUCCAAACCAUGUGUUGGAACAUGUUCCAAGAGAAGACUACACAUCUUCAAGAAAAUACUAAAAUUAUAGGAGGCUAGAUUUUGGUUAAACAGUAAGAGGAACUCCUUGAAAAUAGAAUUGAUUGACCAUGGAACAAGUUACCUGAUUAUUUAAUCAGUACAAUACAAUAGGUUUUUGUUCACCACCCCUUUCCUUGAUUCACAAUGCUAUGGAUUUAUUUGAGUGACUUUUCAUUUUAAAUGAUUUUUUGUUGAUUGUACCUUUUAUUUUAUUUUUUAAUCUACUGAGUCCUGUGUAAUGUUCAGAUUCAGUUUUGUGUCCUAGGUUGGGGCUUCAAUCUUACAUACACUUUUCUGGUAGGUAGCUUCAUUGAACACACUUGGAUUUACUUCUCAGUGACCUUGCAUAUAGAUUCCUUUGUUAGAGAUGAUUCAUGUGUUACAAGAGUGGUGAGGGAGCUGCUUUUGCAUGGCUGGAUUGCAUGUCACUCUGGUCAAGCCUGUAAUUAAAGGGCUCUGCAUCAUUAUUGUUGUUAUUAUUAAGCCACUUCCUGUGAAACAUCUCAAAGCUAUUUCACAAUACAAUAAAAACAUAUAUAAAACAUUUGCACAUCUAAGAACAAUUACAUAUCCAAUACAGAUUGGGAUAAAAAUAUCCACUUUCCUUCUUGAAAGAGGAAUGCCGAAAAGACAAUACAUGCAUUAAAAACAAAAACUGCCCAGUCUAAAAAUAUUUUAAGAUAUAAAGCAAGAUAUUAGAUGACAAAUAAAACAAUAAUAUAAAGCAGGGGUGGGGAACAUUUUGCAUCCUGAGGGCCACUAUACGGUGACCUUCUGAGGGAAGCAUGUAAAUGGUGGGCCAGAGACAAAACAUGGAUGUGGCUAUGGAUGACUCUUACUUCUUUGAGCUCAGCUACAUUCCAACCACACAAAAACCAGCCAGGCAAAAGGUAUCAAGGUAGGCAUAGAGUAGGGCUGGUGUAGUCUGGGGAGGAGGCAUGAGCUGGGCUUAGUCCCAAGUGUCAGUUAGAAAUGCUCGGAGGCCUGCAUUUAGCUACUGGACCUGAGGUUCCCCCCUGAUAUAAACAGUCUGCAUCCAGAAGUGUGCUGAUUUGUAAUAUACAGUACACCAGUUCUCUUUUGUUGACUAGCAAGUUCUGUGAGUGGCCUGCUUCAUAUGUCAUGCUAAGCCAAACCAUGGCUUGGCACAAUUGCACAGGUUCCCAGAGCAAAGAUCAGAGAACUUUGCUCCUUCCCAUUGUUGUUGUGCUGUGCUGUUGCUUAGUAUGUUGAAUCUGGGAAUGACACAGCCCCACAGACCUCUCCCACUAGCCCUUGGGACUCUCCCUAGGCUAUGCCACCUCUCCAAGUUAAAGUUUUCAUCAGCCCUGCUCUUCAUCCUUCUUGAUUGCUGUUGCCUGGCUGGAGGAUGGGGUAUGUGUGUGUGUCUGUGGAAUCCUGAAGUAUUUGUGUAGCUGCAAUGUAGCCUAUAGUACAAAAGUGUCGCUGUCCCUCCUCCUCUCUCUUCUUCUCCCCGUCCCCCUCCCCCAUGUAUCUUUAAACAGCCUGAGGCUUGAUGCUUCUAGAUACUGAGGAUUAGUUUCUAAGCAUGUGAGAAGACUGAAAUGCAGACGCCUAAUGUUUUAUACCUCUGUUCUCUGAUUCUGCCAGCAAAGCCCCUAUUUCUACACAAAAGGGCAGAAUCUCUGUUGGUCUAUUGAACAUGCCUUCCCUUCUACAAAUGGCAUUAUUGCAUUACUAUUAUUGAUUAGAGAAUGUUCAUGGGGAAAAGCUGGGAUUAACAGCUUAAUUUCAGAGUCAAACCUCUUGUGUAUUAUAAGAGACACUGUUAACUCUCCAGUGCUCACUGAUUUUCUGUCACAAAUGCACUAUGUCUGUUUGAUACAAUGUGUCCACUUCUCUCUGGUAAUUGUUGGGUUGGAAUAUGAAAAUUAAGAUUACCAUCAACUUUGUGUUCUCAGAAAUAUUAUUUGAAUCUAAGCUUGUUUUCAGCUGGACCUGGGCCCCUGGGAUUUUGCAGAUUGUGAAAUUCAGAGCAAACCUUGGGCUUCCACAUUCCUCCCACUGCUUCCACACCAUGGAGGGAACGUGAACCAGGAGAUAACAUUUUGAAUGCAGGGCCAGAGACUGCAUUUUAGUGGGAUCUUCUAUUCUAGUCGUUGGCUGCCACUGUGAUGAUGAGGAAGCCUGAGAUGGUCCUUAUUAUAUUAAUCGUAUUUUAUAUAGUAGACAAGUCACAGGAUUGGAAGUAGUUUUUUAAAAAGUUAUAUUAGUUCAUGCUACACAACAUUGACCUUUUUGUUGCUUUUGAGGAUAGUAGUUCCCUAUAGUUUGGCUUUAAGAGGUUUUGAGAAUAACUAAUUUUAUUCUCACAACUCAAGUUACUAUAUAAAAUGGCUGCAAGCAACUGGUGGGUACUCCUUUUUGCCUUGGUUUGAUGAGGUGGUUUGGGGAAUUUAAGAUUAGACCUAUUGAUUACUUGUCAUUUGUAGUCUACUGUGGGCUUCACUGAAAACAAGCAACUGCAAUUACAUAGUCUAUUUGCGCUAACUCUUAACCACUAAAAUGUGUGCAACUUUGAAAGACCUUAAAAAAUAACACAAUUAUUAUAGAUGGCUUGAGGUUAGCACCAAGCAUUUAGAAAUGUGGGAAUCUGGAAUGUACCAUUCUCAUUGUUAAACUUGGGACUUAGAUCAAAGAGUACAUGCUACACAGACUGUGAAAUACAAGGACUUAGAUUGUUAGGUUCAGAUCUUCAGAGUUUUGUUAGCUAGAUCACAAUGACAAUGGAGUUUUGUUUUCAGAAUAAGGGAUAUUUCUUAAUUUAUCCCCGAAAGUCAGCUUUUCUGCUUGCCACUGUGCAGUACUGAGAAUAACAAUCUUCCUCCUACUUAUUCUUGAACAUUUUAAGGUAUGCUGUAAUCGCUUUUGGCUGUGCAAGCUGUCCUAAACUUACAUGUGGACGUGAAGGCUGUGGAACUGAAUUUUGCUAUCAUUGUAAACAAAUUUGGCAUCCCAACCAGACUUGUGAUGCUGCUCGCCAGGAGAGAGCCCAGAGUCUACGCUUGCGAACAAUUCGUUCUUCGUCUAUUAGCUACAGCCAGGAGUCUGGAGCAGCAGGUAUUUAUUACCUGAAAUACUAGGUGUCUUUUAAACAUUUUAAACUAUCAGAUAACUGUUUUGUUCACUGAUUAUUGAUGUUUAUUAAGAAAGGAGAGCUGAGUCCAGUAGCCCUUAUUUUAACAUUAUGUAAAUGGUGCAAACUUUCAUAAACAGAUGAUCCAGAAGUCGACUGAUAAUGGUUGACUUAAUAGAGGUUAACCAAUAUCAUUGUUGCUGUUAUUAUUAUUAUUAUUUAUUAAAUUUCUUUACCAUACUUCAUCCAAGGAUCACAAUGCAGUGAAAGUAGACAUUUUCAUGAAUGUCUUGGUUUGAGAUUCCAUUCAUGAAUUAUUUUGUUUUUAUGAUUACUUUUGGGGAGACCUUCAAAAUAUAAGCAAUGAUUUAAGUAGAAAGUGAAAGACAGAGCUUACUAUACUAGAUUUUUUUUAUUUUAAAAAACUUCCCUUGUGCUUAUACUUCUGCAGCUGAUAACCAUGCCUAUCCACCUGUUUUAGAGGCAAAAGAUUUAUACAAUAUGAAGAGAAAACAGGCUAUCUGUUGACUUACCUAUGAUAAGCUCCUUGGUAACCUGUGCAAGAGGACUGAUUGCAUAUAAUGCCUUGCUUUGUCAGUGAACUUAUUUCACACUGGACAGCCAGAAACCUCAUCAGAAUCUUGGGCAAGGGGGAGGAGUUGGCAUCGCUUUAGAGCAUAAUUACUGACUUGAUUUAGAGUGAAAAACUUCACUGUACUCUCUGUUGGAUUUUUAUUUGGAUAUGGAUAGUCAGAACAUCUGACCCAGGUGCUUCUUUGUUAUACUGAGUCACAGAUGUUGACUUAGAGCAGGGGUUGCUAACCUUUUGGGACCAGUAGACAUGGGCAUAGCGGGGGGGCGGGCAGGGAGGGACAACUGCCCCCCCCAUAAAUAAAAAUACAUAGCUAACAGGUUCUGCCACCCUAACAAAAGGCUUGCCCCUCCUAAGAAAAAUCCUGGCUACACCCAUGCCAGUGAACAUGUUUUGCCACAAAAUGGCUGCCAUAGGAACAUGGUAUAACACAAAAUAAGAGAACAUGGUCAGCCUCCUCAACCUCAUGUUUAUCAUGGGAAGAUCUGUGUCCUGCUGGUCUUGAUUGUGGAGAUGCAACUGUUAAAGGCACAAAACCCCCAUUUCCCCCAGUGUCAAUUCCUAAACCAAAGCCAAGGCUGCUAUUUUGUACCCACUUACCUGGGAGUAAGUCCCAUUAAGCACAGAGACUACUUCUGAAGGAGGUAUGGGUAUUGUUGAUCUGUAAGUUAACUAUACAUUGAAUUCUUAAUGAGUGCCUGGAGUUCUCCUACACUGCAAGAGACACGCCUAAGCCACUUUCCCAAGUGUUCAUGUUUUGCAUUUGCCAUAUGGAAAAGGGAUUAUUUAGCUUCCACCCACGCUUACUGUGUCGUAGUAGUUGCAGAAAAUAACUUCUAGAGAGUACCUGAUCGCAAAUGAACUAUCCAUAGGAUAUAUGUGUCCUGGUUGCCAUGGGGAAAAGGGGCAAACUAUGGAGAUUCCAAGGACUACUUGAAAUAAGACAGAUGCAGGAAUAAUUCACUAAAAGGGAGAAGAAAACAGAAGUUCUUUAGGAUCCCAGGUGUCCAAACAGCGCUGACUUUCCUUGCUGACUGCGAACGACAGGCUGAAGCAACCGAGCUAGCUCAUUGCACAAAAAUUGCGUAAAGCGUACCUGCAUGUACCUGUUAUUAUUUAUGAAUUUUGUAUACAUCCACAGAUCUCCCGGUUCUCCAGUUAAAUUUUUCUCCCUUUACGUUAAUUCUUUAUUAAGUUAGGCUGAACUUGGAAUUGGUUGCAACCAGUUAAAAUUUACAAACAUUUCCAGACAUGAUUUUCAGUGUUGGUUGUUCUCAUAAGCAGCAUGGGUUCAUUGGGUUUCUUUUUAAACAGCUGAUGACAUAAAGCCAUGCCCACGCUGUGCUGCUUAUAUAAUAAAGAUGAAUGAUGGAAGCUGCAAUCAUAUGACAUGUGCAGUCUGUGGAUGUGAAUUCUGUUGGCUAUGCAUGAAGGAGAUUUCAGACUUGCAUUAUUUAAGGUAUGUAUUGAAAGAGUUCAUGUACCUCACUUCAUGUUGUACCCCACUAAUUAACAGCAGGCUAGGCUAUAAAUCCUUUAAAAGGAAGGAAGGAAGGAAGGAAGGAAGGAAGGAAGGAAGGAACAAGUGACAUUUGUUUUGAUCAUGCACAUUUGAUGUAGUCUUUAGUUUGAGGUGGAAUUCUAUUUUCAUACCUGGUUAGAUUUUAUAUAUAUAUAAAACUGGUUUGAGAGGGAGUUUACUGACAUUAGAUAAGGUAGGACUUUCCAUUGCAUGGGUGUCAACUACAGGAAGUGCCCUGCUUUCUAUAGCUUGGUGCACACUGAAGCUCUCUUCAGAAUAUGAUAAAGUGACGGGGAAACCCCAGGACUUACUGUGGGAGAUUAGAAAAUGGACUUCCUGCAGUAAAUUUCACUAGGAAAGAUAGAAAUGGAGUCAAAUCUAUCACAACAAUCCCCGCCUCCCAUCAUAUGUCCUACAUGCUUGGAGAAGCCUUUUGCAAAGAGGACAUUCUGUUUGUUAUUGUGUCUAGCUGUGUUCAGAACAAGUGGGACAGCUGCUGCCAUAACACUUCAUCAACAGGCCUUAGAGCUUUUGUCUAAGUAAAACACACAAUUCCUAGAGAAAGACAAAACUUGUCAGAUGUUUCAGUUAAAUUUGAGGAAGGUAAAUUUUCCCCAUUCAUAGUAAAGAGGUUCAUUUAAAAUGUAGGUGGAGAAACUUGGUUCCAAAUCCUGAGUUGCACAUUUUAGCAUCAGCCCUGGGAAGAGCCAUGAUCUGAUGGAACCAAAAAGAAAAUGCACUGGAUAUAAAUGUUGUACUGCUGGUUUGGUACUAUAUUAGUUUCAGAUUACUCUCUCCACAACCUGAAACGUUACAUUACGUUAGCACUUUUAGCAGGAUUGCAGAUUCAAGCAUUCUUGCUCUCUCUGUUAGAGAAUGUUAUUAUAAAACUGAUGGUUAGUUAAGACUAUUCACUGUGAGUCAUAAGUUUGCCUUACUUACGGAAAAUUUCUUCAAAUAGUCCAUCAGGUUGUACAUUCUGGGGGAAAAAACCAUGGAGUCGGAAGAAGAAAAUACUGUGGCAACUAGGGACGCUUGUGGGGGCACCUGUGGGAAUCGCCUUAAUAGCAGGCAUUGCUAUUCCAGCUAUGAUUAUUGGAAUACCUGUAUAUGUGGGACGUAAGGUAAGGUGACUGUGUGUUUAGAGUCUUCAAUUACAUAGGACUUGGAUACUUUUGUACACAUGUUUAAGGCUUGUUCACACAGCAACAUGUACUUUAAGAUAUUGUAGUAAUAUAUAUAUAAAGAGAGAGAGAGACUGCCUUUAAUCAACUUACAUAAAGAAAUGUACCUAGAACUAGGAAAAAAGUAUAAUUUUUUUAAAAACACACUUAAAAAAAGUAUAAUGCAGCAGCAUAGAAUUAAAUAAGCUAGUAAUAUUUGCAAACAGUUUCUGUCUAUAAAUCUAUGGCAUUAAGAUGCUUCAUUUAAGAAAAGGCAGCUCAAAAUAAUAUAUAUAUAUAUAUUUGCAGGAAAUACUUCUCAGUUUUGUGAUGUGCAAUGCAUUCUAAAAUGCUCUUUUUCUUAAAGAUUCACAAUCGCUAUGAAGGUAAAGACAUUUCAAAGCACAAGAGGAACUUGGCCAUUGCAGGUGGCGUAACCUUGUCCGUAAUUGUUUCACCGGUUGUAGCUGCAGUAACUGUUGGUAAGUAAAGGUGCAGGUAAAAAUCAGGAAAAUCCUUUCAGAAUUAGUUAUUUGUACUGAUUUAUAAAACGCUUUGUUUACACUUUGCUGUAAAGGUGGGGCACAAAGAAUUGAUAUUAUUGAUUCUGCUAGCCAUUCAUUUUGCAGCUCUGAACCCUAUUUUCAAAAAUGCAUUACUAGCUUAUAAAAGUAUGUGGAGCUGAAACAAUCCCUGUGCCUAAGCAUUCUUCCCAAUUAUUGUAGGUUUGGUAAGAUUCUCUCUGAAAACCAGGGCCUCAGUACAAGAUACCUGUGUGUGUUCAGAUAUGUAUGUGAGCCCUGGGGUCAAGCCCCAUCAAUUCCAAGGGAAGAACCACACCCAGUGGUACAAAACAGUGUACAUACAGACCUGAUUCAUCAGUUGAAAUGAAUGGAAGAGGCAUUAGAAGCAGAGAAUCUCCGUGUCACAUAGAAACUCCUGGCAUCAGGAGGUGUUUAUAGGAUUGAGGGGGGGUAUCUUUUUCAUUUAUAGUAGUAAUUCAGCUUUUAUUUUCUUUGCCACUUUUUGUGAUAGCCUAUUAAAUUGUAUAAUAAGGAGAUAUUUGGUGAUCUCUCUCUCUCGUGUGUGUGUGUGUGUGUGAGAGAGAGAGAGAGAGAGACAGACAGACAGACAGAUAGAGAUAUCACACAACAUGACAACUUUGUACUGAUUAUAGUGUUCUACAUUUUCAUUGCAGGAAUUGGUGUCCCGAUUAUGUUGGCCUAUGUGUAUGGAGUAGUUCCUAUCUCUCUCUGCCGAAGCGGAGGUUGCGGUGUAUCGGCUGGCAAUGGAAAGGGUGUCAGAAUAGAAUUUGAUGAUGAAAAUGAUAUAACUGUUGGUGGAACAAAUGCAGCAGUAGGUAAGGGAAGUCUAUUCCAGUCUCUUCUCAAUGUCUUCAGUUGAUGGCUGGAGUUGAUAGAAGAUAUACAUGCUCUCUUCUUGCAGACAUUGUAGCUAUAUCGGUCUAGGACCGGCACUAACCCAGAUUCUUGGGACACAUGGAAAAGCAUAGCAGCAACCCUAGUAGUCACUGUUCCAGAUUUUCCAAGAGCAGUGUCUUUCUCUACAUUGAAGGACUUUCAGUGAAAUGCUUUUCCUAUUAAUUUUAAGUACCACCCUUUUCAUAUUUAGAUCUUCUUCUUUGGCAAUCACUCGUACCCGAGUAAGAUUGUCUUCCAUAAACAAAGUUUUAACAAUGAGUCCGUAAGUGACUGUGGAGGCCAAUUCUGGAUCCACACGUCCUUCCACAGUGGGGACACUGGUUUCCGGGCAGGAGUUGAUCACGGUGUGGAUUUGCCAACUGUGCUUUCCUCUUAGCACGUUUCUCCCUUGCGUCCUGAGUUAGUGUCUUUACCUUUACCUUUAAUAUUUAGAUACCACAUCAGUAGCAGAGGCACGUAAUAACCCCAGCAUAGGGGAAGAAAGUGUUGGAGGAUUGACUGGAAGCCUGAGUGCAAGUGGUAGCCAUAUGGACAGAAUGGGAGCAAUUCGAGACAAUCUGAGCGAAACUGCCAGCACUAUGGCCCUGGCUGGAGCUAGUAUAACAGGGAGUCUGUCGGGAAGUGCAAUGGUCAACUGCUUUAACAGGUAAGAUAAUUUGUGUCCAAAGUUCAGCUUUUGUGUCUGCUUUUGUAAACAAACUACAGUUAGCUCUUAGAGGAUGAACUUUUUCAUGUUGUACAUUCUGAUGUGAUACUUUUUUAUUUUGAUCUUAUAUAGUCUCAAAACAGUUACUUUGUUUACAUGGAUUAAAGAAGAUUUCUGAUCCCUGAUUACUCAAUUGCAGUUAAAGGAAGGGAAGGAAGUUCAGGCGCUACAAAUUACAUAGGCCACUUUGAAAGUUUCUGGCAACAGAAUUUAGUGCAAUGUGUUUGGUGUGUCAAAACUGUUGCUAAAAGGGGGGGCUUUGAGAGAAGAUUCUUUUCUGAAAUGAGUUGGGCUCAUAAAUGAUAUUUUAUGCCCCUCUUUUUUUUUUUGCCAAAUAGUGCUAUUCUUCUGUAGUUGGUUUUCUGUCUCAACUACAGUGAGCAAUGUACCAAAAUAGCAUAAUGAAUUCUACCUUCUACCAUGUGUAUGGCUUCAGGGGCAACAGGAAAAUAUUGUCUAAACAUGGGUCUUUUGUAGUCUGGGAAGCUUUUGUUCUGACAGUAGCCAACUAGAUAAUAGAAUCAUAGUAUCAUAGAGUUGGAAAGGACCAUGAGGUUCAUAUCGUCCAACCCAUUGUGGGGCUCAAACCCACGACCCUAGGACCCUGAGUCUCAUACUCUAGCCACAUGCCUGUGAGUAGCUUGCAAGCAGAAGCUUCUAAAAGACUCCUAAGUGAUAUGAAAGCUGAAAGAUAAUAACAGAACUAAAAUUGAAUUUCUCCCCAAGGUUGGAAGUUCAAGCAGACGUGCAGAAGGAAAGGUGCAGUUUGAGUGGAGAGUCGGGCACCGUUAGUUUAGGAACAGUUAGUGACAAUGCCAGCACCAAAGCGAUGGCUGGAUCCAUUUUAAAUUCAUAUAUCCCAUUGGACAGGUAAGAAUUAAGUAGUGGAAAUGUGAAUAGAAAUGCAGCUUAUUCAGCUCUGUUAAUUGAACGAUGUCGUAUUCAAUAUGCAUACCUUGUAGUAGUCUGCAAAAGCAGCAUUAAUGAAUUCCCCUUCUUUGAAAUUUCUGGUAUGAUUGUUGUUGGAUGUAACAAUAUUUUUUAUCUAUUUAUUAUCAAAUUUCUGCCCCACUCUUCUGAAGUUCAUUCCUUCAGAGCCAGGGAGGUGGUGGGAUUUUUAGUUUCUUCUUGGUUUGAGCUGCUAUUACUCAAAUAUAAUUUUCUUGACCUGCAGAUACAAAACCUUGUUAAAUUCAUUUUUUAAAAAAGCUUUGGAUCUCUGCUUUUAUGAAGUAACUUUGUCAAUCAGAUUUCUUGCUAGAACUAUCCAAAAUCUUCUUUGUCCACUUAGUACAUCUGUUUUGCCUUGAAAUAAAAGCUCUUGGCAGAAUUUUUUUCCUGGCUUGGUUUUAAAAAUGAUAUUUGCACAUUUCUUUUUUAUUGACAAACUGGUGUGAGAUGUCUUUAUAUCUCCCCACCUCCCACAGUUUGCAAAGCUUGGUAAAGGUACCGUAUUUUUCGCUCUAUUGGACGCAGUUUUUCCUCUCCAAAAAUUGAGAGGAAAUGUGUGUGCGUCCUAUAGAGCGAAUGCAGGCUUGUGCCAUAGCCGCGCGCAACCCCUCCGGCAGGGAAAGGCUGCACGGGGCUAUGGCUUCUUUAGCCCUGCGCAGCGUCUCCCGGCACGGAGAGGCUGCACGGGGCUAAAGGGAAGGCAAAACAGCGGCGGGAUCCAUCCCGCUCGCUGCCUGCUGCCUUCUUCCAUAGCUGCGCGCAACCCCUCCGCAAGGAGAGGCUGCACGGGGCUAUGGCUUCUAGCCCCACGCAGCCUCUCCCUGCAAGGAGAGGCUGCACGGGCUAAAGGGAAGGCAAAACAGCGGCGGGAUCCAUCCCGCUUGCUGCCUUGCCUUCUUCCAUAGCUGCGCACAACCCCUCUGGCAGGGAGAGGUUGUGUGCAGCCUGUACGCUGCUCUUUGGGGCUGUGGGGGAAAAAUAUUUUUUUCCUUGAUUUCCCCCCCUAAAAACUGGGUGCUCCCUAUGGUCCGGUGCGCCCUAUGGUGCGAAAAAUACGGUAGAUCCAGCUUGGCUAUCCUGUGAAUUUCAGACUUAUUCCAUUCACAGAAAGGACUGAGGUCUUGUAGAGACUUCCUACUGGACAGGAGCAGUGAUUUCCACCAAUUCUUUCUGCAGGCCACCCCCCCAAUGCCUCCGGGUAGUCCUCUGACUCUUAAACUGCUUUUGGCAGGCUGCAGGAGGAAGGAGGAAUUGCUGAAAAUUACCUCUCACCCUUUUCCAUUUGGCAUGUGUGGAUCCAACCCUGUAUGGUUUUUUUUCUGGAUAUCUUUUUAAAUGGUUGAUGGGCUUCUGGAAUGUAUGCUUGUGGAUCCGUGGCACAUUAAAGUUAGGAAGAAGUUCUCAUAAUGUGCUUUUAGAUAUGUGUACUAAAAACAGUGACAAUUCCUAUGACAUUUCAAGGACUAAAAUGGAUUGUGACAAGAACUUCCAAGGCAAAACCCUACUGCAACUGAUCCAUGAAGUCAACAGUGAAGAUAAUGGAUUAUGUGCAUAGGUCCAGUGAGAAAUCCGAUAUGUUAAUUAUUUUCUUAAAGCAGAGUUUCAACACAUAAAUCAGUUGCAGUUCACAAGACUAUAUCGGCAGUUCUAAAAAAAGAAAAAAAAGAAACUAAACUUAUAUUUGAAUAAUAGUGGCUCAUUUUUCCGUAAAGGGAUAGGUAGAGAUAAAUAGAGGCAAUGUUUCAGCACCUGAAAUAGUUGCGUUUGUAUUGUAUUACAUCAUUUUAUUAAAGGCAAUAUUAGCAGAAUGAGUCACCAGGCUUUUAGUGCCACUUUUUCCUAAAGCUAUACUGCAUUGUGUUAAAAUGCUUUUAAAUUGCAUUUUUCCAUUUUUAAUUUCACAAAUUGAUUUUUUUUUUAAUGAAUACUUCUCUCUUCUCCCCCUUCUAGAGAUAGCAGCAGUAUGGAGGUACAAGUAGACAUUGAAUCAAAGCCCACAAAAUUCAGACACAACAGUGGCAGCAGUAGUGUUGACGAUGGUAGUUCUGCAGGUCAAAGUAACGCUGGUUGUUCGUCAGCCUGCUUGUCAGAAAACAAAUCUAGUGCCACCAAGUGGUCCAAAGAUGCAUCGGCAGGGAAAAAAUGCAAAGGUAAACUAAGAAAAAAGAGUAGCAUGAAGAUAAAUGAGACCAGAGAGGACAUGGAUGCUCAGUUAUUAGAGCAACAAAGCACAAACUCCAGUGAAUUUGACUCUCCCUCUCUCAGUGACAGUAUCCCAUCUGUAGCUGAUUCCCACUCAAGUCAUUUUUCUGAGUUUAGUUGCUCUGAUAUGGAGAGUAUGAAAACCUCAUGUAGCCAUGGUUCCAGCGAUUAUCAUACCCGGUUUACCACAGUUAACAUUCUCCCAGAGGUAGAAAAUGACCGUUUAGAAAACUCUCCACACCAAAGUGGCAAUUCGUUGCUGAUUCCAGCUGCUCCAAACUCAGAGGCUCCACAGCUGAGUUACAUUGCUGAAGAAUGUGUUUAUAAUGGGACUUCAAGUGUUGCAGAUAUGGGUACUGGUGAAACACUGAAAGAAGCAAACAACAACCAUUCACAGCACGCUGUGGAGUUAAAUGCUGCAAUUCAGACUGAGAUUUAA